ACCGGCGCUCGGGGGCCGGGGCUGUGGCUGUGCGAGCGGGGCCGGCGGCCGCCAUGUGGCCGUGCGGCGGGUGGCGGCAGCGCCGCCUCGGGGGCUUCGUGUUGCUCAUCUUCAUGCUGUGGCUGCUGCUGCGCAGGUUUAACUGGAGCGAGCUGAUCCCCCUGCGGCUGCAGGGGCGGACCCUGGGCUUGCAGACGGGAGGCUCGCAGUUCCUGCUGGAGGGAAUGCCGUUCCGCAUCCUGGGGGGCUCCCUGCACUACUUCCGAGUGCCCAGGGAGUACUGGGAGGACAGAAUGCUGAAGAUGAGGGCCUGUGGCUUGAACACCCUCACCACGUAUGUGCCAUGGAACCUUCACGAGCCAGAACGAGGGAAGUUUGACUUCAGUCGAAACCUGGAUCUAGAGGCCUUCAUUUCACUGGCAGCUAAAAAUGGACUCUGGGUGAUUCUGCGUCCUGGACCUUAUAUCUGCUCUGAAUGGGACCUUGGUGGCCUGCCCAGCUGGCUGCUGCAGGACCCAGAGAUGCAGCUGCGGACGACGUACGAGGGCUUCACGGCAGCUGUGGAUGCCUACUUUGACCACCUGAUGCCUAUUGUUGUCCCUCUUCAGUACAAGAGAGGAGGCCCCAUCAUUGCCGUGCAGGUGGAGAACGAGUACGGCUCCUACGCCAGGGACCCCAACUACAUGGCCUAUGUCAAAAGGGCUCUGUUAAAGAGAGGGAUUGUGGAGCUGCUAAUGACCUCAGACAACAAGAAUGGGCUGUCUCUUGGCUUGGUGAAAGGAGCUUUGGCCACUGUUAACUUUCAGAAGCUGGAGCCUGGGCUGCUGAAAUACCUGGACACAGUGCAGAAAAACCAGCCCAAGAUGGUGAUGGAGUACUGGACCGGGUGGUUUGAUAGCUGGGGAGGCCCUCACUAUGUCUUCGAUGCAGAUGAAAUGGUGAAUACUGUGGCAAGCAUCCUCAAGCUGGGAGCAUCCAUCAACCUCUACAUGUUCCACGGGGGCACCAACUUCGGCUUCAUGAGCGGCGCCCUGCAGUCCGACGAGUACAGAGCAGACGUCACCAGCUACGACUACGAUGCUGUGCUGACAGAGGCUGGGGACUAUACCUCCAAAUUUUUCAAGCUGCGACAGCUCUUCAGCACCAUCAUUGGCCACCCUCUUCCUCUGCCUCCCAUGAUUGAAAGCAAAGCAUCCUAUGGGGCAAUCCUCUUGCAUCAGUACAUCUCCCUCUGGGAUGUGUUACCAACUCUUCUAAAGCCCAUCAAGUCGGAGCUGCCCCUGAACAUGGAGAGCCUGCAGCUGAACGGGAGCAGAGGGCAGUCCUUCGGCUAUGUGCUCUACGAGACGCUCACCUUCGGCGGGGGGCAGCUGCGCUCCCUCGGCCAUGUCCGCGACCGGGCGCAGGUGUUUGUUAACACUAUGUAUGUUGGUGAGCUGGACUACAACUCCGUGGAGCUCUCCCUUCCUGAGGGACAGGGCUUCAGGCAGCUCAGGCUGCUGGUGGAGAACCAAGGUCGUGUCAAUUAUGGCCUGGCACUGAACGAGCAGAGGAAAGGCUUAAUUGGUGAUGUCUUCUUGAAUAAAACCCCCUUGAGGAACUUCAAGAUUUACAGUUUGGAGAUGGACCCAAGCUUCAUGGAAAGUCUGAGACACACUGCUGGGUGGAGUUCAGUCCCAGAUUACUUCGUGGGUCCAGCUUUCUUCCGUGGGAGGCUGUGGAUAGAGCACCAGCCACAGGACACGUUCUUGAAGCUGCAGGGCUGGGAAAAGGGAGUUGUGUUUGUCAAUGGCCGGAACCUGGGCCGCUACUGGAAGAUUGGACCUCAGGAAACUCUCUACCUACCUGGGCCCUGGUUAAGGAAAGGGAGCAAUGAGGUUGUCAUUUUUGAGGAGCACACUGCAGGACGGAUCAUCCAGUCUGUGGACAUCCCUUACUUGGGAAGGACCCAGUAUGUGGACUGAGGGUAGCUUCUUGCCCCUGUUUGGUUCACCUUGAACAUUCCUGGUUGCAUGUCUGGGCACAUGAUGGCUCAAGGCACUUGGGGCACUGUUCAUUUCCAAACUAGACCCAGGUCAAGGAUUUGCUCUCUGGCUGUGAGUUGAGAAGAGGCAAAGGGCCCCGCAGGAACCCCCAGCCCAUUGUUUCCUAGGUGGAUGUGGAAGUUGCUCUCCCUGCACUGCUGAGGACCCACAGCUGGGCUGGGCUGGGCUGUGCUGUGCUGUGAGUGAUGUUGUGGACCUUGGGUGAAUGGGGGAGAGUGAGAAGGUGCUGGAGGCAGGAGAGAGAGAGCAAGAACUGAAGCCAUCUGAACUGGGUGCUGAGCUUUGCCCUUCAGUGACUUUAAAGAUGUUUAUUGCUGACCUCCUCCUUUUUAUCAUUAGAUAGGGAGAAAAUAGUUGGUGAACCUGUGGGUAGCCAGGUGUGGAGAGCACUCUGUGGUGCUUCCAGGCAGCAGCAGCUACUCACCAGAGAGGCCACUACUUGUUCACUUGUUGGAAGCUAAGUUGGCUGUCAAAAGGACUUGAACUCAAGCUCUUUCCCCCGAGUUUUACUGUGGAGGUUCUCUGUCUGUCUCUCUCAAAAAAAAGAGGCAAAAAAAAAAAAGGUUUUAAACAGUGAAAAA